CCAUGUUAAGUACGAAACUGGACGAGAUCAAAGCUGUGCGGAGUCGAUGACGACUCGAAUUCAACCCGUUAGAAACCGCGCUAACAACAAAUCAAUCUUUGAUCUUUUGAUUUGAUAGCUUUUACUCCUCUCUGUCAUCAGCCGGCGAAGCAGCUGGCUGAAGCGGUUUUUGACUUUUCCCCCCCUCCGACCAGAAGGCCAAAGCGGCUGCCAUGGAUUUUUAAGGCAUAAUGCGGCGGGUAUAGCAAUGGCAAUGCAUCAGGCAAAGAAAUAUCAACUGCGAGACUCCAUCCUCGCAACUGCUAAGCAGUUGGGCUCGAAUACCGUCCGCGGUAUACCUGUGAGCCAGCCGGUCCCCCUGCUCCUCGACCGGAGGAAGCUAACGCUAGCAAGUUAGCCGCCAUUAACUCGUGACAUCGAGUUAAAAGAUUUUGAUCCAUCGAUUUCAUUUGAACGUCAUCACCAACACCGAUCAAAAUGAAGCCUCAAGACAUCAUCAGCGCGAAGGCCAGCCUGUGGAUCUUCGGGUACGGCUCACUGGUGUGGAAGCCUGACUUCAAGUACAAGAGGAGCAAGGUCGGUUACGUUGAAGGCUACAAGAGGCGUUUCUGGCAUGGAGACAACUUCCAUCGCGGGAACGACGAGUUGCCCGGAAGAGUGGUGACGCUGAUUGAAGAUGAUGACGCAAGCACAUGGGGUGUGGCGUUCGAGGUGACAGGCCCUCAAGUCGAGGAGUCUCUGAAGUACCUGAAUGUGCGUGAGACCGAAUGCGGUGGCUACAUUACCAAAAUGGUAGAUUUCUUCCCUGAUGGGGAGAGCCACUCACCAGUGAAGGCACUCGUGUACAUCGCCACAACCCAAAACCCCCUGUACCUGGGGCCGGCCAGUCCGGAAGAGAUCGGCGCCCAGAUCGCGGUGUGCAGAGGGAAGACAGGCCACAACCUGGAGUACCUGCUCCGGCUGGCUCAGUUCAUGAGGAGCAGCUGCCCACAUGUGGAUGACCAUCACCUGUACGCCAUUGAAGCAGCAGCUCUUAGAGUGGUGUCCUGUCUGUUAAAAGUCCAGUAGUUGGUACCCCUGUCAAACACCACACAUGUGCACAACACUGAGGCUUUCCAUCGGUCACUCGUAUCAAACUUAUGUUGUUAAAUGACACAUUCAUCCAUUAAAUACUAAAGUGAUGAGAAAAGCUUUCGAUCAACUUUUUUUGUGAACCGUUAGUACAUCUACUAAACUAAUGUCUGACUUGUUUUCUGUAAACAUCUGUCACAACAGUGUACUGUAUAUAUUUUUUUAUUUGCACAGUUUUGAUCCCGUCCAGUGUAUUCGCACUACAGCGGUUGCUAAGUGACUACUGUUCAACUGUUUGCCUGUUUUUGGCCUUUGUCAAUAUUUCCAUCCAUUGCAUCUGCCAAUAAAAGGUUAACAGAAA